UCAUCCACACCGCCGAGCAGGCGAGCAGAGGAGCAGCCGAGGCUCAGCACGACGAUCAUCCACAUCGCUGAAUCAAAGGCAGGACACACACGAACUCAUUUAACAUCAUGGAGCAGAAACAAACCAUCAACUUCGGCGCCGGACCUGCAAAACUCCCCCAGUCCGUGCUGCUUCAGGCACAGAAGGAGUUCCUCGACUACAGCGGCAUUGGUAUUAGUGUCCUCGAGAUGAGCCACCGAUCAUCAGACUUCAGCAAAAUCAUCAACAAAACAGGGAGUCUGCUGCGAGAGUUGCUAAACAUCCCAGACAACUACAAGGUGAUGUUUCUGCAGGGCGGCGGGUCUGGACAGUUCAGCGCUGUUGCUCUCAACCUGAUCGGCCUUAAGGAGGACAGGUGCGCCGAUUACCUGGUGACCGGCACAUGGUCAGCCAAAGCUGCGAAGGAAGCGGAGAAGUACGGCAAAGUCAACAUCGUCCACCCGAAGCUGGAUUCUUACACGAAAAUCCCCGACUCCAGCAGCUGGACCCUGAACCCCUCAGCCUCCUACGUGUACUACUGCUGCAACGAGACGGUCCACGGCGUCGAGUACAACUUCGUACCUGAAACAAACGGGGUGGUCCUUGUCAGCGACAUGUCCUCCAACUUCCUGUCCAGGCCGGUGGAUGUUUCCAAGUUUGGGCUGAUUUUCGCCGGGGCUCAGAAGAACGUGGGCUGUGCCGGGGUAACUGUGGUCAUCGUGCGGGAGGACUUGUUAGGCCACGCUCUCAAAGAGUGUCCCAUCGUCCUGGACUACCAGGUGCAGGCUGACAUGAACUCCCUCUACAACACGCCGCCGUGUUUCAGUAUCUACAUCAUGGGUCUGGUUCUGGAGUGGAUUAAGAACAACGGCGGCAGCGCUGCCAUGGAGAAGCUCAACGAGCAGAAGUCCUCCAUGAUCUACAGCAUCAUCAACGCUUCUAAUGGUUUCUACGUGUGUCCUGUUGACGAGACUUGUAGAAGCCGCAUGAAUGUGCCGUUCAGAGUGGGGAAGAAAGAGGGAAAUGAGGACUUGGAGAAGAAGUUCCUGGACGGCGCGUCCAAACGCGGGAUGAUAUCGCUGAAAGGACACAGGUCAGUUGGAGGAAUUCGUGCAUCUCUGUACAACGCUGUGACGCUGGAGGACACUGAAGCUCUGGCCGCCUACAUGAAAGAAUUCCAGAAAGAGCACCAGUAAAUCAGACCCUACUAAAAGUCAGCUGAUGUCACACAGUGGCCUUUCUUCACUCCAGUAUGGUUAAAAAAAAAAACCCUCUUGUUUACCUCUAGUGGAGAUCCAUGUUGGAUCCAGAAGGUGCACCUUUAGACGCUCAUUCCUUGUUCCUAAGAUGCGUUAACCACUGCUGUUCCCACUAUUGUCUUGAUUACAUCUGCAUCUCAUAGAAUUACAGUUUUAAGUUUGUUGACUGACAGUGUCUUUGAUGUACAUACUGUAGGUAAAUCUUUUUACUUGUUCAAAAUAUAUUUACAUUCCAGUAAAAUUAACUUG